CCAGAGUUGGUUACAAACGCGAUCAAUGCUGGUGACGACGAAGUGCUUCUCGUAAUCGCCCAAACACUCGGGGGGUUUUCAGAGUUGGUUGGUGGUAAGGACCAUGCGUCCUGCUUGUUGCCGAUUCUGGAGAAGAUAAUCAGCUGUGUGGAGGAGGUUGUGGUCGCACAAGCUGCUUGUGAUGCACUCGUGGAGAUUAUUCCCAAACUGCCGAUGGAGGUCAUUCAAGAGAAGUGCGUAGGCAUGAUACGGAGGAUCCUAGAGGAGGACUUGUACUGCGCCUCCCGCAAAGUGACCUGCAAGCUCAUAACAACAUGCUAUCCUCUGGUUUCGGCAAAAUUUCAAACGGAUCUCAAGUACCGAAUCUUCCAUCUGGCCGAUAGUGAUGAUGAAGUGCCUUUGGUUCGUGCGGCUGCCGUGCAACAGCUGGUCGACCUGUCCAAACUGAUUGGAUCCGAAUUGAAAACGGAACUUUGCCUACUACUCACAAGCCUCGUUUCGGAUAAUCAGCGUGUCGUUCGGGCGGCUUGUGUUGGUCCCUUGGUCGAACUGGGUCGCAUGGUCACCGAUCCAAACGAGUUUGACUCUGCGGUUCGCCCAUGCAUAGACAAACUUGCGAGCGACACGACCAGGGAUACCCGAAGAGCUAUGGCCGAAUCCAUUACUCUGUUGCAACAAGUUGCUUGUGGCUUCGGUGGUUCGACUCGCUCUUUGCAUCAAAUCAUGCUCAGUUUGUUGGAGGACAAUGAGGUCGAAACCCGACGAGUGGCCACAACGCAGCUCAAAGACUUUUGCCUGGCAAGCCCCCCGGACAUUUUAGUUGGUGUGUUGCUACCACAAUUACGAGAACACUUGGUUGUGGAACGUGAGGAACCCGUUCGUGCCGAACUUGUCCGAUGUGCGGUUUCUCUGUUGCCGUCCAUCAGCCGUGAGGAUUCCAUCCCACUGGUCCAACAUAUUCUUGCAUUUCUCAACGACACUAGUUCACAGUCCAAGCAAUAUGUGUUCGAACACUUCUCCGAUUUGAUCACGUUAAUUCCGGCCACAGAUGUCCAGUUGACGUUGCUGCCUAGUCUUGUACGUUUAUGGCAGGAUCGUAAUUGGCGAGUUCGUCUUGGCGUGGUUCAGUCUGUGCCCUGUCUCUACCAGAGCCUGCCUGAGGCCUGCGUACGUGACACAGUGUUACCAGCCAACCUGGCCUGGCUACGUGACCCAUCGUGGUAUGUGCGCGAGUGUGCAUGUCGCAGUUUGGCCCGCCUACUCCGAGUAUUCCCCGGGCUCUGUAAGGAAGUCCUGAACGGCGUGGGACAGAAAGCCGCAGCAGCGGCAGCAGCUGCCACACAGUCCUCGGCGACUCCAUCGGUAGCUCCAGCUUCAUCCGGUGGCGGGACCACGCCAGGGUCUGCUCCAGGAGCCACCAAUACUUCACCUUCUGCGGUCAAUACAAAUGCGAGUUCACCGAGCACCAAUAACAGCCAAGCGGCUAACACGAACACAGAGGCAGCAAACGCCGGAUUGUCCAGUUCGUCGUUCUCCAACUCUCCCGGAAAUACGACCGCACUGAGCUCCAUUAAUGCCAUCACAGCUCAAGCAGCUGCCGGUGGACUGAAGGCCUUGGCCACAGAUACCAACUAUCAUCUGAGGCAGGUCUAUAUUACGGCCAUUCAGACAAUCUGGGGGCCGGGUAUCCCCGACGAACCAGCCUACAGUGCUACCGGGGAUAAUCCGGAUAUGGGUAUUUGUCUUCCGGGUAUGCAAAACGCCUAUCUGGCUGUCACUGGUAAGAACAACUCCACAUCUGCUGUUCCUGCCUGCUGCCAGCCUCCCCCUAGUCUACCAGCGGUGCACCUGUCCACAUGUGCGUCCCAACUGCUUCGCCUAGCCUCUGAGGAUGUGGUUGCGAAUGUCCGGAUAUGCGCUGCACAAGCCUUGCAGUUGAUCUCUGGUGCUCUGGAUAAAAAAUUCAUUCAAAAAGAGGUGGUCCCAACUCUCCGAAAGGUAGCCGAGAACGAUGCUGACUUGGACGUGCGCUAUUAUGCUCAGGAAAGCUUGCUUCGAAUGAAUACGUUUCUCUGCUCGGAAAAACCCAAAACCUGUUCACCGCCGUCCAUUUUCCGCAUACUCUCUCUCUCUCAGAUAUUUCCUCGCCUGUUCGGCAUCCUAGGUUUUUGUCACAUGGUAAUCUCGGAAAUUGAUUCACUGCACACACACACACCUUUGAUAAAGCUACAAAAAAACGGAAAUCAUCCCUCGGGCGUUUUGAAAUCCGGUAAUUUUUCUUCGCGCCGAUUCGCGCGUCUACUUCUCUUGGUUGCUCUGCUGCGUUGCUUCGUUUCUUUACUACUCACUAUUCCAUCCUACUAUCUCGCUAUCUCAUCUACCCUUGAUACAGUUUUUU